AUGAGCAAUCCCGCCGCGUGUUCUUCGUCGCUGUCGUCGCGCUCGGUGCUAGCGGCGGUGGCGGCGUUGGUGGUGGCGAUGCUCGCGGGCGAGGCCGGCGCGGCGGACGCGGGCCUCCCGAGCGACUAUAAGGUGGUGCACACGCAUGUGGUGAUGCGGCAUGGGGAGCGCACGAGGCUGAGAAAGGACACGGAGACGGAGUUCGGCGACAGCGACGGCGUGGCGCUCACCAACGUGGGUGAGGAGCAGUGUUACGACCUUGGGAAGCAGCUCCGGGAGAGGUAUCUCCCGGCCAGCAACUCUGCGGAGUACACGACGACUAUCGAAGGGCUGACGUUGUGGUAUGAUGCGGACCGAGUGCAGAUCGAGUCGAGCGGUUACGACAGGACUCUGGAGUCGGCGGCGGCGAUGGCGUUGGGGCUGUACCCGAUGGGCCAGAACGACACCGACGUGGAGCAGAACUCGCUCCUCUGGAUGGAACAGAUCGUCGUCCCCAUCCACUCUUCGAAGCCUCAAAACGAUCCAUACAUCACGGCUCACGACAAGUGUCCCGUGUACAACGCUAACUGGAUACAGUCCUACGAGAAGGACGAGUUCCAAGAACUGCAGCGCGUGGCGAGCGCGGAGCAGGAGGAUGGGGCGGACGGGUUCAUCACCCAGGUAUACAACAUCUUCGACGAGUAUCGCGGUGCUAACGACGACCCGGACUGCUGGGACGAGGUCAUCGCGUUCAAGCUGGACCAACUGGAGCUGCACGCCCCUUACAACCUGUGGGAUUGCGCGAGGACUCUGUUGGCGGCAGGACAGGACCAGACCGUGAACUUCAUCAAUGCUGCGACGAUACCCACCGACUUCUCGGAGCAGUACCCGGAUAUCAUCGAUGGGUGGCUGUACCUUGGGUGGCUUGUGGACGAGGUGGAAGACAUGAAGUACGAGCAAGACGUCGUCGGCCGCUACGCUGCAGGCCCCUACCUCACUGAAAUGAACCUCCGCAUGUCACAGGUGAUCGAGCACGUGCGCAGCGGCUACAUGAGCAACGUGGGCCGCUUCCCCGGGAUGCACAUCACGUCCGGUCACUACGGAACUCUCAAGGGCAUCGCCGGGGCUCUCGACAUCGACGCUAUCGAUGGCAUUCCUGAGUACGCUUCCCACUUUGCGUUCGAGCUCCUGUACAACGGAUCUGCCAACCAUCUGGCGGAGGAGGAAGACUUCGCGAUCCGAAUCAUGUACCAGGAUGGUUCGAGCACCAGCGACCUGAACUUCGCCGUCAUGGGCCAAGUGUACGAUGGGUCUGGGUCCAUCUCCGACUUCGACGAAGAGCUGUCGACGAUGAGAGACUACAACACGGGCAUCAUGGGGUGGACCCAGUGGGACUACCUCAUGGACUACCAAAACGCGGGGAAACCUGUUGUGUACGAAUCCGUCGAGGAGUGGUGCCUGGACUGUCUUGCCACCGCUCCCGACACUUGCAUUUCCCAGGAGCUAGAGCUGAUGACACAGCAGUGGGAGGAGGCUAGCGUUCAGGCUGAACAGGCGACGGCGGAUUUCGAGGAGGCGGACGACGGUAUCGGAGGCGUCCACGUUGCCCUCUUGAGCAUCUUCGGAGUGGUCCUGGGCAUCGGCAUCGGCAUCUGCAUCAAGCCCUGCGUGGACCGGCACAACAACAAGCUCAAGAAGAAUAGCCAAGCGUCCACCAUCUCGGGGGACCGCGGGCUGGAGGCGUGGUCUUCUGCCGCCAACAGCCACAACGGAAGCUUCCGGCUCGGGGCUAAGCACACCCCCACCCGGCAAGUCGGAGGCAACCGCAUGAUGGCCGUGCCGUCGGCACCAGACGACGACAUGGAUAACUCGGCACGGAUGGGUGGCGGCGCUAACGGUGCCUACGCCAACGGGAACGGUAGCGGCCAGUACGACGUCGAAGAAGACGUGGCCCCUGGGAUCCCCGAGUUCGCACCGACCUCGGCGCUGGGCGAGCCGGUUCCGUUCCCGCACAAGCGGCAAGCAUCGGGAAUGGUUUCCGGUGUGGACUCGAGCAUGAUGUCAGGCAUCGACGCCGAGGACGUAGACGACGAUGACGUCGCGGGAGGCGGCACUUCGCGUGCCGAGUCAGCGAGUCUUUUGAGACGGAUCGCACGGGAUCACGACUUACAGGUGGCUGCACCGGUCUCACCACAGCACACACCAUGACAAAUUUUUCUUGUUGGCAACACUCUCGCGGAAGAGAUGUACUUGCAUGCAUGAUUUUGUUUUUUAUGGCCUUCGCGGAUUGGGAGACUGUUGAUGUUUCUUUCAGGGUGGUUGUCUCGCCCCUUUGGGCGAAAUGAUUGAAGCGGGGAUUGGGGGACUGCGAGUAACUCCAUGGUAAGCAAAGAAAUAAGGGUUUGUGACCGUUUCUGCCCCGCAUGAUGUACACCGUGGUAGAACUGAAGGAAUCGCCGUCAAGAGGAUGGUUGGGACCAAGGACAGCGCGCGUUUGUGAUAAUCUUGCGAGCGUUUUGUCGCCACCGAGGAAGAAGAAGCGGGAAGUCUUUCUCGACGAGUUUUUAGGUGCGCGUUUUGCUUGUUGUUGACGUUUUCCCGAGAGGGGAUGGCCCCCUUUUGCCCCCCCCCCCCCCCUCCUUAAAGCCCCGUCGGAGAUAAGGCGUGUUUCCGCGUCUAGGGCAGCAGCUGUUGAGACACCUUGAGGCGAGAAGGGAUAACUUUGAUUUCCUGCGGGAAGCGGGUUUACAUUGUAGCUGCGACGUUUCUCUCCACAUCACUGCGGUGAUUGUGCGAGGGUGGGGGGGAGACCGGACGCGACGUUCCUUGUCAAUGGUCAACGGGCGUCGUGCUCCGAAUCAGUUGUGGACCGAACAGCGUAUCACUGUUCUGGUUGAUGUGCCGUUUUGCCAGAACGGUCGGUCAUGCGCAUCCCCUGCUGCGUCCUGCUUGAGGCGAUCUCUGCUGUGGCUAAUCUCGCGAAAGAGCUUUUUUUGGAGUUGAGUUGAGCAGCAGCGGCCGCCGUCGUAGUUUGGCUCUCCGUCACGGCACUUGCUGACGAGAAGAAUCGUCCUUCGUUUCCCCGUCGAGAAUAGAACGGCUCCCGCAUGACCGACUGGGAGCGGUUGCCCGUGCGUGCAAAGAAGAGUCGCUCUAUUUUUUUCUUUUGUGGUCUUGAGGGUCACCCCCGUUCCUCCUUCGUGAAUCGUGUUUCUCGGCAUGCCAGCGUUGGGCCCGAUUUGUCUCCGUGCUGUCGACUGUUUUUUGUUGUUGUUGUUGUUGUGAUAGGCGCGUCCAAGGCGAUGUCGGCGCUCGCCUCGUUGUGCCUUCCUUUCCCGUGAGUUCCCUUUUUGGUCCCUCGAGUGUCUCGUCGUGAACAUGCGGGCGCGGAAGGUGGGGAAAGUUGGGGGAAUAGUGUCGGGGGUGGUGAGGUGGUCUAUUGGAGCGGCCCAACCAGCAACGGAGAAGAGCGUGUGUACGUGGAUGUAAGUAUUAAGUCGGUAGGGGGGGCGGGGGGUCGUCGUCACAGUGUUUCCGGGGUGGUGUGUUGAGUUAUUGUUAAAGAUGGUGUCCUUUUUUGUUUCUCGCAUUUGGACCUGUCCGCGUUGAGCUUGGGCACUCGCCUCUUACACACGGCGGGAUUGCAGUACGUUAGCCGAGGAUCGGCUGCCGUGAGUGACGAAGAUGAAUGGUAACCGAAUAAAGAAUAUCCGUGUAUGGAGAAUGACCUUCGAAUUGUAUCUGCACUGAUUUUUGACGAAAAGACACCAGGCGCCCUCCGGCUUUAGUUUGGCUGGAUGAGGCAUGCUUGUUGCGCGAGGGCUGCAAGCAAUGGGCCACCCCCGUUCCAACGCCGAUCCGACAGACAUUUCUUGAAGUCUGCAGUUUUUUUGUUCUCUGCUCCUUCACAAUAUCCUCGCUGUGUUUUGUUUUAGAAACCGCACGGAAGGCGCGUUCUCUCCAU